ACAGGCGGUGCAGUGAAGUAAAGUCAGAGACACUGAGACUGAGACUGAGGCUUUGCGCUAGACUAAGUUUUUAAACAUUCUAAUGCAUCAUCUAAUAUCAAACGUGUAGUGAGGUGACAGGCACUGGAUUCAUCUGAGGGAGCGUGUGCUCCGCUCCGUGAGCCCGAUCUGGUCCAAUGUGCGCCCAGGAGCUUAGUGAAACACCGAGUUCUCUUUGCCUAACACCACGGGCUCAUAGAGCAGCGGUGAUAUUGUGUGUCCUGUUGUGCUGUGUUGGAUUGUACAUGGGUUGGCUGAGUGACGCGUCGGACUGUGCGCUGUAAUAAAGAGGCGGUAGCAGCUCAGAGCGCAGACCAUUGGAGCGGAGAGACGUCUCAGCAGCUCAGCUCCACCAUCACACCGCCGUGCCUGCUCCGCUCAGCCUCCACUCUGAGCCUCCGCCUGCAGCGGAGGAACAUGCUGCCGCUCCGGCCAUCUCAUUAACUCAACCACCCCAAGAAACACGGCUGCUCCGCGAGCUUCAACUCCCUGAACCUUCGGCAGGACCUCCGAGCUGCACUGGGACAUUUCUACAGGUCUGAUUCACGGCUCUUCCUGGGUUUUGUGUAGCAACCAUGGGCAGCAAGACUCUGCCAGCACCUGUACCUCUUCAUCCAUCCCUCCAGUUGGCCAACUACUCCUUCCUGCAGAGCUCCACAGGCCUCCAGUUGCCAGCAGAUCAUUUUCAAAGCAUCUACAGCUUCAGUGCCCUACACGCCAUUCAUCUCCAUCAGUGGACUCUGGGCUACCCGCCCUUGGCUCUGCCCCGCUGCACCAUCUCCAAGCUGCCCGCCCAGUUCUCCUCCAUGGCUUCCAUCCCCAUAUUCCCUCAUCUCUUGCAGCCUAAGCAGGGCUCAGCAGGGCUGCUGCAGAGCUCUAAGAACAAACCCCGCUUUGAUUUUGCCAACCUGGCAGCAGCAGCCACCCAAGAUGAUCAUCUGAAGGCAGAGGACCUGAGUGUGACAGGCGCUGCUGCUGGAGCACAAUCUUCCUCUCACCACUCGACCUCAGCUGGCCUGGGAUGCCUCCUUGAUGUGACCAAACUCUCCUCACCGGAACGCAAGUCUAGCCGAGGCCGACUGCCCUCUAAGACCAAGAAAGAGUUUGUCUGCAAGUUCUGUGGCCGCCAUUUUACCAAAUCCUACAACCUUUUGAUCCAUGAGAGGACGCACACGGAUGAGAGGCCAUACACCUGUGAUAUCUGCCACAAGGCCUUCAGAAGACAAGACCACCUCCGGGACCACAGGUACAUUCAUUCCAAAGAAAAGCCCUUCAAAUGUCAGGAGUGUGGGAAGGGCUUCUGUCAGUCCAGGACUCUGGCUGUCCACAAGACAUUACACAUGCAGGUCAAGGAGUUGAAGCCAGCCAAGAUCAAGUGAUUCACUCUCCCAGCAGGAAAGGGACAGGGACACUGGAAAAAUAAGGCCAAAGAACAACCAAAAACUUUUUUUUAUUUCAGCUAUAGAAAGACAGCCCUCUGUUUCUAUGCCAACACUCCUUAAGGAUGGAGUGUUCUCAAAGAAAUAAUACAGAAAUAAGCCUUAGUGGAGGAGUCUAUGCUUAGUUAUCAAAGCCUGACUUGGCAGAGAACCCAACAAAUGUGUGUAAUGUGAAAUGGACCUUAAAAACCCCUGUGGCUGCUCAGAAGCUUGUAAUCCAAAGACUUCAGAAAAGGGACACAACUCUUACACAUAUUUAAUUUUUUUUAAAACUGAGAAUGAUCAAAGCCAUAUUAGCAUAGACACAUUUUCAUCUUUUCAAUAUCACAUUCCAAUGAUAUUUUUGUACAGAUGCAUUAUAUCAAAAAUGUAUUUUUGCACUUUAACCUGAUUAUUGAUUAUUUACAUAUAUCACUGGAUUUCUUAAACUUAUUUUCAAAAUGAAUAAUAAUCAUUUCUAAAUAAAAUAUUUUACUGUAA